CUUCUGAGAAUAGUUUGAAUCCGCACAGAUUUUUGAUGACCAUUUAUUUCAAACAGGUUGGGUUUCAGGUUCUAGUGUGUAGCUUUUGAGGUAGUUGGAAGAUUUUCUGCAAUUUUUCCUGAGUUGCAGGCUUUUUACCCAGAUGGGUCUUUGUUUAUUCUGUUCCAUUCUGGUUUUCGCCCUCUUCUUCAGGCAAUCUGUUUCUCAACAACCCAAUACGGAUGGGUUCUACGUCCACGAUUUCUUUCAGAAAAUGGGUAAAGCUAACAACUUCUCUGCUUCUGUGUGUUCAUGGCAAUGGGUCUUCUGUGAUUCCCAUCAAGAAAAUGUCAUUGGGUUAGUGGCUUCUGAUUUGGCCCUCUCUGGUUUCAUCCCUGAUAACACUAUUGGAAAGCUCAGCAAGCUUGAAUCUUUGGAUCUCAGCAACAACAAAAUCACUGGAUUGUCUUCUGAUUUCUGGGGUUUGGGGAGUACUCUGAAGAUUCUUAACCUCUCGUAUAACCAGAUUUCUGGGUCAAUUCCGAGUAACGUCGGCAACUUCGGCGCAUUACAAAGCCUCGACCUUUCCUUCAACAGCUUAUCCGGCGAGCUUCCUGCAUCCGUCAGUUCUCUUUUGAGCCUUCAGGUUCUCAAACUUGAUCGAAAUCGGUUCAUUGGUAGCAUUCCUUCUGGGGUUCUGAACUGUCAAUCUCUGGUCUCUAUUGACCUUUCGUUCAAUCUCCUGAAUGGGACUCUUCCAGAUGGUUUUGGUGCUGCGUUUCCAAAGCUCAGAACUGUGAACCUUGCAGGAAAUGAGAUUCAUGGCAAGUCUCAGGAUUUUGUUGGACUCCAAUCAAUCACUUAUCUUAAUAUUUCUGGGAACCUGUUUCAGGGUUCUGUGAUUUCUGUGUUUCAGGAGCCACUGCAAGUUAUCGACCUUAGCCAGAAUCAAUUUGAAGGUUACAUCUCUCAGGUACACUCCAAUUCUAGCUUCAACUGGUCUCAUUUGGUUUUUCUUGACAUGUCUGUCAAUAAAUUCAGUGGAACCUUCUUCCAGGAUUUGAAUAAAGCACAGAAUCUCAGGCACCUCAAUCUUGCACACAAUAGGUUUUCCAAGCAAGAAUUCCCACAAAUUGGAAAGCUUUCUGCUCUAGAGUAUCUUAAUCUGUCCCAAACUGGUCUCACAGGGAGAAUCCCCCCUGCAAUCUCCCAAUUGGAUGGCUUACGUACGCUAGAUCUUUCUGGAAACCAUUUCACUGGUCGAAUCACUUAUCUUGGCAUCAACAAUCUGGAAGUUCUUGAUGUCUCUCAAAACAAUUUAACUGGGGAGAUCCCAUAUUCUAUGCUUCUGAAACUACCCAAGAUGCAGAAAUUCAAUUUCUCUUACAACAACUUUACACUUUGUGCUUCACAAUUCUCUCCUGAGACCCUUGAGUCUGCAUUCAUUGGGUCACUAAACACCUGCCCCAUUGCUGCAAACCCCAAUCUCUUCAGAAGAAAAACCACUACACAUAAUGGACUCAAGCUUGCUCUAGCUAUAUCACUUGCCCUUAUCUGUUUGCUUUUAGGGUUGCUGUGCCUAGCCUUUGGUUGUAGAAGGAAAUCUAGAAUGUGGGUAGUUAAGCAAGAGGCAUACAAAGAUGAACAGAACAUCUCCGGCCCAUUCUCGUUUCAGACUGAUUCAACUACUUGGGUUGCUGAUGUCAAGCUUGCGACAUCAGUCCCCGUAGUAAUAUUUGAGAAACCUUUGUUGAGCUUCACCUUUGCAGAUCUCUUAUCCGCAACUUCAAAUUUUGAUCGGGGGACUCUGUUGGCAGAAGGGAGAUUUGGUCCUGUUUAUAGAGGAUUCCUACCUGGAGGUAUCCAUGUAGCUGUAAAGGUUUUGGUACAUGGAUCCACCAUGACUGACCAUGAAGCUGCAAGGGAGUUCGAAUACCUUGGUCGUAUAAGACAUCCAAAUCUUGUUCCCUUGACAGGAUAUUGUUUAGCUGGAGAUCAGAGGAUCGCAAUCUAUGAUUACAUGGAGAAUGGAAAUUUGCAGAAUUUACUUCAUGAUCUACCGCUUGGGGUCCAAACAAUGGAGGAUUGGAGCACAGAUACAUGGGAAGAAAAUAAUAAUGCAAUACAAAAUGUUGGAUCUGAAGGGAUACAGACAUCUUGGAGAUUUAGGCACAAGAUUGCGCUAGGUACAGCACGAGCUCUGGCCUUCCUUCACCAUGGUUGCUCCCCUCCGAUAAUUCACAGAGAUGUUAAGGCUAGCAGUGUUUAUCUUGAUUCAAAUUGGGACCCAAGGCUAUCAGACUUUGGAUUGGCUAAGAUUUUUGGCAAUGGAGUAGAGGAUGAGAUGGCUCUUAGUUCACAGGGGUAUGCACCUCCAGAAUUUUCUCAACCAGAAGAAGCAGGUUCUCCAACACCAAAAUCAGAUGUGUAUGGAUUUGGAGUUGUUCUAUUCGAAUUGAUUACAAGGAAGAAACCUAUAGGAGAUGAUUACCCUGAUGGACAAGACUCAAAUUUAGUGAAUUGGGUGCGAGCACUAGUCAGAAAGAACCAAGGUUUAAGUGCAAUAGAUCCAAAAAUUCGAGGCUUGGGGCCAGAAACCCAGAUGGAAGAGGCUCUAAGAAUUGGGUAUUUAUGCACAGCUAACCUUCCAUCAAAGAGGCCAAGUAUGCAUCAGAUAGUAGGGCUCCUUAAAGACAUUGAGCCCGUCUAGCACCAGUGAUGGAGAAACAAAAGAAAGCUGCUUAAUUGGUUUCUUUCCUUUUCAUGUUUUCCUCUGAUCUUUUCACAAGAGUUUCCUUAUGCUGGCAUGGGAGGAUAUGUACAGUACCCCUGAGAAUUUGCUUUGAACUUGGGUUCCCCCCUCCCUCCCCCUUUUUUGUUUCUUUUUAUGUUUUUCCCCACACAUUGAUGUUAGCAUUGAAACUUAAAAAUUUCACAGUAUACACAGAGUUUGAUCCUUAA